AGUCCUAGCUUCAGUCAGGCAGCUUCAGCCUUCCAGGCUCCUCCUCCUCCUCAGCCUCUUCCCCCCGCCUCUCACAUACACAUAAUACCCAUCCCGGACUUUAGUCUUAGCAGUAACUAGUGGGGAAGGCUGGAAGCAAAGUCUUUCAAACUGCAGCAAGAGAAGCAGAUUUACACAGUGAUACCCCAGAGGAGGUCAUUUGGGUCUGGCCAUGUGGUUGCCUCUGCUGCUGGGUGCCUUGCUCUGGGCAGUGCUGUGGUUGCUCAGGGACCAGCAGACCCUGCCCACCAGCGAUGCCUUUGUCUUCAUCACGGGUUGUGACUCGGGCUUUGGACGCCUUCUGGCACUGCGAUUGGACCAGAGGGGCUUCCGAGUCCUGGCCAGCUGCCUGACCCCCUCUGGAGCAGAGAAUCUACAACAGAUGGCCUCUUCCCGCCUCCACACCACUCUGCUGGAUGUCACUGAUCCCCAGAGUGUACAGCAGGUAGCCAAGUGGGUGGAGACACACGUAAAAGAAGCAGGGCUUUUUGGUCUGGUGAAUAAUGCUGGUGUGGCUGGUAUCAUUGGGCCCACACCAUGGCUGACACGAGAUGAUUUCCAUCAAGUCCUGAAUGUGAACACAUUGGGUCCCAUUGGGGUCACCCUUGCCCUGCUACCCCUGCUACAGCAGGCCCAGGGCCGGGUGAUCAACAUCACCAGCGUCAUGGGCCGCCUGUCGGCCAAUGGUGGGGGCUACUGUGUCUCCAAGUUUGGCCUGGAGGCCUUCUCCGACAGCUUGAGGCGGGACCUGGCUCCUUUUGGGGUACGAGUUUCCAUUGUGGAGCCUGGCUUCUUCCACCCUGUGACCAACGUGGAGACUUUGGAGGACAUGCUGAAGGCCUGCUGGGCCCGACUACCUCCAGCCACACAGGCCCGCUAUGGGGAAGCCUUCCUUACCACAUACCUAAAGGUACAGCGACGCAUCAUGAACCUGAUCUGCGACCCGGACCUAACCAAGGUGAGCAGAUGCCUGGAGCAUGCCCUGACUGCUCGUCACCCCCGAACCCGCUACAGCCCGGGCUGGGAUGCCAAGCUGCUCUGGCUGCCUGCCUCCUAUCUGCCAGCCAGCCUGGUGGAUGCUGUAUUCACCUGGGUCCUUCCCAAGCCUGCCCAGUCAGUCUACUAAAUCCAGCCUUCCAGCAAGAGAUUGGUUUUUCAAAAGCAAGGACUUUUAUUUGUCUCCACCCUGGUACUGCCUAAUGCCUAGCACAAAACAGGCACUCAAUAAAUGAGUAUUGUUUAAAUAAAUAAAUAAAAAGGAGGGACUAGAGAUGUGACUCAAUCAGUAGAGCA